CUUCUUCUCAAUGUAUGUGUUUUCACUGAGAAAAACAUGCCUUUCACUUCACUACAUAUGAACUCUGAUCAAUCUUAACUGUUUCGUUCUUUCAUCUGGGUUGAUCUACAAUUGUCUGGUUUUUCCUUUUAUGAUUUUCAAUUUUGUUUCAUCCAAAAUGGCCUCAACUGCGACUCAUGGCAUGCAUAUCGUAUCAGUGAAACCCUGCAUAAAUUGUUCUCCUAGAAAAUUUAUGCCCACCACUGCAAAUUUCAGUACUGAGCUUAAGUCUCCAAUGUUGAAAAGGCUGACAAGCUCUUCUCACAUCUCAUCAAGGCAGUCACUCUUCCCUAGCUUGACUUCUAGUCAGUCUAAGAAUUUCGAAAAGGUUGUUACAAGAGCAAUGUCUGGAACAGUUGAGAACACUCCCUUGCCAGGACUACCUAUUGAUUUGAGAGGUAAGAGAGCGUUUAUUGCUGGUGUGGCUGAUGAUAAUGGGUAUGGUUGGGCGAUAGCAAAAUCUCUUGCUGCUGCUGGUGCUGAAAUUCUUGUUGGUACAUGGGUGCCAGCGCUGAACAUUUUCGAAUCCAGUUUAAGGCGUGGGAAAUUUGAUGAAUCUCGCAAAUUGCCAGAUGGUUCAUUGAUGGAAAUUACCAAAGUUUAUCCAUUGGAUGCAGUUUUUGAUGAUAUGGAGUCUGUUCCUGAGGAUAUAAAGACAAACAAACGCUAUUCAGGAUCUUCAAAAUGGACAGUUCAGGAAGUAGUUGAAUGUGUGAAGCAGGACUUCGGCAGUAUUGACAUCCUUGUCCAUUCACUUGCCAAUGGACCAGAGGUUAGCAAACCCCUUCUAGAGACCUCAAGGAAUGGAUAUCUUGCAGCCAUCUCUGCAUCAAGUUACUCAUUUAUUUCUCUACUCAGCCAUUUUGUUCCAAUCAUGAACCCAGGUGGUGCUUCAAUUUCUCUAACAUACAUUGCCUCAGAAAAGAUCAUUCCAGGAUAUGGUGGAGGAAUGAGUUCUGCAAAAGCUGCCUUGGAGAGCGAUACUCGAGUUCUGGCUUUUGAAGCUGGAAGGAAACACAAAAUCAGAGUCAACACAAUAUCUGCAGGUCCGUUAAGAAGUCGUGCUGCAAAAGCAAUUGGUUUCAUUGACAUGAUGAUUGACUACUCAUCUGCAAAUGCACCACUACAGAAAGAACUCUCUGCUGAGGAGGUGGGUAAUGCGGCUGCUUUCCUUGCAUCGCCACUGGCCUCGGCCAUUACUGGUGCAGUUGUGUACGUCGACAAUGGUUUGAAUGCGAUGGGAGUUGGAGUGGACAGCCCCAUCUUCGAGAACCUUGACAUUCCCAAGGCAGCCAACUAGAGAGGAAGAGAUUCACUCACUUCAAUUUUAAUGGAAAAAAAAAUACCAAAAAUAAGUCUAUUUCUGUUUUGUUUCCCAUAUCUGAGAUUAGCUUACGAGUCAUUCUAAACUCAUUUUAGGAAAACUGACGAGGUUAUCCUUGAGAAUUUACUACAUGAUGUGUAUGGUAAUGGUAUGGUAUAUCAUUGUAAAAGACAUCAUUCUUUAUUGAGAAGUUCUCCAUUCCAUAACCCCA